AUGCCCUCUCUGAGACUCUUUAGAAUAUGUAAUGCUGCCUGGGUUGACAUUGUGUCCAAAUAUCAUGACAGGGAAGAUGGUAAACUGAAAUGUGGGUAUUCAAGUUUUAGAGGGAAAAGGGCUACAAUGGAGGAUUUCUAUGAUGUAAAAUUAACUGAAAUUGAUGGACACGCUGUUAGCCUAUUUGGUGUAUUCGAUGGUCAUGGGGGGUCACGUGCUGCUGAGUAUUUGAAGGAGCAUUUGUUCGAGAACCUUAUGAAACACCCCAAGUUCUUGACUGAUACAAAGCUUGCUAUAAGUGAAACAUAUCAGAAGACAGAUGCAGAUUUCUUAGAAUCAGAAUCAAGUGCUUUCAGGGAUGAUGGUUCCACAGCUUCGACUGCGGUUUUAGUGGGUGGCCAUCUAUAUGUAGCAAAUGUUGGUGACUCCCGUGCUGUUAUUUCAAAAGCCGGGAAAGCUAGGGCACUCUCAGUAGAUCACAAACCUAACAGGUCCGAUGAACGCAAGAGAAUUGAAAAUGCUGGAGGUGUUGUCAUCUGGGCUGGUACUUGGAGGGUAGGUGGCGUACUGGCAAUGUCCCGUGCGUUUGGUAAUCGUCUACUGAAGCCAUUUGUGGUGGCAGAACCUGAAAUUCAGGAAGAAUUGAUUAAUGGAGAAUUGGAGAGCCUGGUUCUUGCCAGUGAUGGGCUUUGGGAUGCCGUAGAAAAUGAGGAAGCUGUGUCCCUUGCAAAAACAGAAGAUGUGCCAGAGUCUGCGGCCAGGAAACUGACGGAGAUUGCCUACUCUCGUGGCAGCGCUGACAAUAUUACAUGCAUCGUGGUGCAAUUCCACCAUGAUAAAAUUGCAGGAUGA